AAACAACACAUAACACAAACCCCAUAAGUGAGGACAAAGGAGAAAAGACUACAGAAAGCCGCUUAUAGACGGCCACUAGAACUCAUCAUCUUCUUCUCUAGCCGGCUUUCCUCUGUAUCUCCCAUUAAAGAAAAGCUCUCUCUUUUGCUUUCCUUUUAAACCCCUCUCAUUGGAUACAUGACCUAGUCCUUCCCUUUUCAUCAUUCUCUUCAAAACUGCUUCUUUUCUUCACAUUUUUGUUAAUGGCGAAAAUCUCCAAGCAAAGCCAAAGGAAUAACACUGCUGCGAACACUAGCACAAACCCUACUACAACCAAGACUAAGCGGACUAGAAAAACUGUGCCUAGAGAUUCUCCUCCUCAGCGCAGCUCCAUCUACCGUGGUGUUACAAGGCACCGAUGGACGGGACGUUAUGAAGCUCAUUUGUGGGAUAAGAAUUGCUGGAACGAAUCACAGAACAAGAAAGGAAGACAAGUAUAUCUAGGGGCAUAUGAUGAUGAAGAAGCUGCUGCACAUGCCUAUGACUUGGCAGCAUUAAAGUACUGGGGACAGGACACCAUCCUUAAUUUCCCUUUGUCAACUUAUCAAGAAGAGCUCAAAGAUAUGGAGGGUCAGUCGAAAGAAGAAUAUAUUGGAUCCCUCAGAAGGAAGAGCAGUGGAUUUUCUCGUGGGGUGUCCAAGUAUAGAGGCGUAGCAAGACACCAUCAUAAUGGAAGAUGGGAGGCUCGAAUUGGCAGAGUUUUUGGCAACAAAUAUCUUUAUCUUGGAACUUACGCCACUCAAGAAGAGGCAGCCACAGCUUAUGAUAUGGCAGCUAUAGAGUACCGUGGGCUUAAUGCUGUUACGAACUUUGACCUUAGUCGUUACAUCAAAUGGCUACGUCCAGAUACCCAAAAUGACCCUUGUCAAGAGACCAACACUGGUAGUGAUGCUAAUUUCAUUGCAAACCCUACUCAAGACCUUGGAUUAAGUUUCACAUCCCAUCAACAAAGCUCAAGUCCGACGGAAAACACCAUGCCUGAUCCGCCACGGCCUUGUGGUGGCUCCGCAUCAUCUGCAUUAGGGCUUCUUUUGCAAUCCACCAAGUUUAAGGAAAUGUUAGAGAGAACAUCUCCGAAUGAUUGCCCUUUGACACCACCGGAGUCUGAACCGCCACGUCGGAGCUUCCCAGAUGACAUUCAGACUUACUUUGAUUGCCAAGACGCCUGUAGCUUUGCAGAGGGCGACGACAUUAUUUUCGGAGAGCUAAAUGCAUUUGCCUCACCCAUUUUUCACUGCGAACUUGAUUGUUAAAGAAGGACUCUUGGCUCAAUGAGGCUACCUUUGCGGUAUAAAAAUAUUUGAGGGUUCUGUGAAUAUGGAGGUAAGGAUUAUUGCAGGAGAGAUGAUGAUGAACAAGAGCAAGAAAAUUGACAAUUUACAAUUAUUCUUUUCUUUAAUGAGAUACAUGCUCUCAAAAAAAAAUUUAGUAUAAUAGUUUCAGAUCGGGACUCCAACUUGAUAUUUCAUUGAACUUCAAUACCAUUAAAUUAUAAGUUUUUUUUUUCUUAUAGUGAAAAAAAUAGACAUUUAUGUAUCAAUUAUUUCUCUUAAUUAAUGACCUUAUUUUAUAUAUAA